GUUUGUCAGGGGCGGUUUAGGCUUACAGACAACAAGGGGCUACAGACAAGGGGUAUUAAACUACUUCCAGAUUAUUGCAUAGGUGUCGUGACUGUAGCCACAGACGUCGCGGCCCCAAUAUUUUGAGAAGUUGCAGCGCCACAAUAAUACAUACAUGUCGAAGAUCAGCGCCUGUCGUUGUCACAUAUCAGUCCACAACAGCAUCUGGGUUGGUAUUCAAACUAUGUCAGCUUCAAUGCAGAUUCCAACACCGAGGGCAAUGUUCCCCGACAUUGAGCCGUAUGAGACCGGGAUGUUGAAGGUGUCUGACAUUCACACGGUCUACUACGAGCAGUGUGGAAAUCCAGACGGGAAGCCUGUGAUCUUUCUCCACGGAGGUCCAGGCAGUGGAUUCACCCAACGAGACAGGACGUUCUUCGAUCCGUCCGUGUACAGGAUAGUGCUGAUGGACCAACGAGGAGCGGGCAAGUCCACUCCACCUGCAGAAAUAAGGGAGAACACAACAUGGCUCCUGGUGUCAGACAUUGAAACUCUUCGUCAGAAACUAGGAAUCGAGCGUUGGAUGGUGUUUGGUGGUAGCUGGGGGUCUACGCUGGCUCUUGUGUACGCCAUUAAACAUGCAGAACGAGUCAAAGCCCUCAUACUUAGAGGGAUCUUUACUGUCAGAAGGAAGGAGGUGAUUUGGCUGUACCAAGAUGGUGGCACUUAUAUCUUCCCAGAUGAGUUUGAGGGAUUUAUGAAACCAAUCCCUGAGGUGGAACGAUUCGACCUUAUGGGUGCCUACUAUCGGCGGCUAACGGGCUAUGACAAAGAUAAACAAGUUGCCGCCGCAAAGGCCUGGAGUCGUUGGGAGAUGGCCAUAUCCCGACUUUACUUGGAUCAAGAUAACCUGAGCCGUGCUGAAGCAGACAACUGGGCACUGCAGUUUGCAAGGCUUGAAUGCCACUACUUUGUCCAUGGUGCCUUUCUGGAGAAGGAUGACUGGAUCCUGGCUAACGUGGACAAGAUCAGACAUAUUCCGACUACAAUCAUACACGGCCGAUAUGAUAUUAUCUGUCCUGUAGUUACAGCAUGGGAUUUACAUAAAGUGUUCCCAGAGGCAGAUUUCCACAUAGUCCCUGACGCUGGGCACAGUAACAGGGAGCCGGGAAUACAGACACAACUCCUGAACGCCUGUGAUAAAUAUAAAGACCUUUGAAUGGAAAGAAUUGAUGAUAUAUAACAUGUGUUUACAGGCUGGAUAGAAAGUCCCGACCUCAGGGCACUGUGUAAACCAGUAACGAAGCUAGCCUAGUUACCAACAACACUGUCCGCUUGAGGUCGGAUUUUUCGAUCAGGACUGAAAACACAUGAUUUAAUUUUUUCUUGCAUGCCUUCAUUUAUGCACUUGUGUAAACAUUGACAUAGAAAAAUGUUUUUAUGUUUUUCCAAAUAGCAUAUGCAUCAUUGUUUAUUGAUACCGACGUCAUAACGUCAUACUACGUUCAAAAUAAUGUUCGUCUAAAAUCAUGUUCAAUACAAAAUCUUUUUGCGAUUAAUUUUCUGGUAGAAAUAUUUACUCGAUCGGGUUAUA